GACGCGUUCACGAUACCAUUGUCGCAUUACUUUUGGGCGAUUGACGCGCUAAUUCCCCUCCACGACCGCCCGCACACCGUACAGCCACCUAUCUUACAAAGAAGCUCGGGCAGAUCGAGACGUACUAGCAGAUUUGUCUCGCUACUCGCACUGAAGCCGCGCGCCUUUUGCUUUGAAAUUGGACAGCUUCGUAGCCUAAACGUCUUUCAAUUGAUCAUUUGGGUUUGCGCCAGCCGGAAAACCUCGAUUUCAAAAGGCAUACAUCGGGAUUAUGGCGAUUUAUAGUUCUGUGACAGGAGCGGUGUCUUCAUUGCUCAGUCCAGUUACAUCACAAGCUUGGGGGCCACUGGUGACUCUAUGCAAAAAUGGCACACUUUCCCAAUUCCAGAAUCUAAAGCAUGGCAAGCUGGUACUAUUUGAAGGUGGUUCGAGCAAGGCGACCGCUGCGUUUGGUUCUGACAAAGAGGGCCUUCCAAUUGCAUUCCUAAACGUGCUCGACGAGAAGUUCUGGGUGCGAUUGGCGCUUUUUGCAGACAUGGGCUUUGCAGAGAGUUACAUGUUGGGAGAGUUCACAACACCGGACUUGACCAAGUUCUUCGAGCUCUUCAUCCUGAACCGCAACUAUCUUUCCAAUGGUUCAACUUUCACCUCUGCCAUCUCUUCUGGUCUCGCUGGCCUGGUAAGAGGCAGCAACAAUCUCAAGAACGCGCGCCUCAAUAUUUCCGCACAUUACGACAUCUCCAACGAAAUGUUCGCUGCCUUCCUCUCCCAAGACAUGACGUACUCGUGCCCGAUAUGGCUACCGAAAUCGGACCCGAAAUGUGCGAGCGAAAGCCUCUACGAUGCGCAAAUGCGAAAACUCGAUCGCUUCAUCGACAACACACACAUCAAGGGCACAGAUCACGUUCUGGAGAUUGGUACUGGCUGGGGAAGCUUCGCCAUGCGCGCCGUACAACGGACAGGUUGCAGAGUCACAUCAUUGACCCUCUCGAUUGAGCAAAAAGAGCUGGCAGAAGAGCGAAUACGAGAAGCGGGCAUGUCAGACAAGAUACAAGUCCUCCUAUGCGAUUACCGAAGUUUGGAAGUACCAGAGACAGGGCCUUUUGACAAGGCCGUCUCAAUUGAGAUGUUGGAGGCUGUGGGCAAAGAAUAUUUGGUGACAUACUUCAAGUGCAUCGACAAGCUGCUCAAGAAGGAGGGUGGCGUAGCAUGCUUCCAAUGCAUAACCAUGCCCGAUGCUCGCUACGAAGCCUAUGCCAAAUCUGACGACUUUAUCCGCCGAUACAUUUUCCCUGGAGGUCAUCUUCCCGCCGUCUCCGAACUCGUUGCUAGCAUACAAACCGCAUCAGGUGGAUCGCUUGUCGUCGACAGCAUAGAGAACAUCGGGCCCCACUACGCGAAAGCGCUGCGAUUAUGGCGUGAAGAGUUUUUGGAUAACUGGGAAGGCAAGAUCAAACCACAACUUAUUAAAGAGAAGAGCCAGGAGGGUAUGGACGAUGAGGGUGCGGAGGUUUUCAAGAGGAAGUGGGAUUACUACUUCAGGUACUCAGAAGCAGGAUUUUCGACAAAGACGCUGGGAGAUGUUAUCAUCACGGUCGGAAGGGAAGGCGCCAUACAGAUGAUGGAAGAUGUACCGCUGUAAAUAUUGUGCUUGUUAAUCUUGUUGGAUAUGGUUUAUACCCCUCUCCAUCCUUCGACUGAGCGUUACCGCUUUUC